AAGUCACCCAAAAAAAUCAUUUAGGAACGGAACGAAGAGUGAGUGAAAAUGAGUAGUGAAGGCGAAGCAGAAGCAGAAGCAGAAGCGCAAUACUUCUGCAAGGACUUCGACUGGGAAGACCUAAGAGCAGAGAUCGAAGCAAACCCUUCCUUUGCCUACCACUUGGAAUCUUCUUCUUCGUCAUCAUCAGCACCACCAGAAUCAGACGUACAAGCAUGGAAGCAAUUUCACCUCCGUCACGCCUCUGGAAAAUUCUUCAAGGAGAGGCGCUAUCUGUUGAAGGAGUUCCCCGAACUUCUCUCCUGUCCCCCAAACUCUAUGCUCUUGGAAGUUGGUUGUGGCAAUGGCAGCACCGCUCUUCCUAUUCUACGGGCCAACAAAGAUUUGAUUGUUUAUGCAUGCGACUGUAGUGAUGAGACUCUUGAGAGGGCUAAAGAGAUUAUAAGUGCAGCCUCCACAGAUGCAUCCUUUAAGCAUCGAUUCCGCACAUUCUGUUGUGAUCUUUCCACUAAUGGAUUCCCGAACUGGUUGGCGUGCAAUCCUUCCCAAGAUAAUUUUUUACAGAAACAGUCAUACUGCUUAUCAGGUGUCAGAGAGGAUAAUGGGCUGCAUUUUACCAAUCUGUCUCCCUCGGAAGAAUUUGAAUGUUGUGGUGGUGGAGUGGAUUUUGUAACAUUGAUAUUCACUCUAUCAGCAGUACCACUGGAAAGGAUGCCAAAGUCCGUCAAGGAAUGUUUUAUUGUGUUAAAGCCAGGAGGCAUGGUUUUUUUUCGGGACUAUGGCCUCUAUGAUAUGACCAUGCUUCGAUUUGAGCCAGACAAGCAAGUGGGAUUCAGGGAAUACAUGCGGUCAGAUGGAACACGAUCAUAUUUCUUUUGUUUGGAUACUGUCCGGAGCCUAUUUUUGGGUGCAGGCUUCACCGAGCUCGAGCUUGAUUAUUGUUGUGUUAAGUCUGUAAAUCGCCAGAAAGGAAAGUCCAUGCAAAGAGUGUGGGUUCACGGGAAGUUCCAGAAGCCUGCACUGAGUUGUCAAUAAUCUCCCUUGGUGUGCUGUGUGAAGUCGGAUGAAAAAGUACACUUAUUCAAGUUUAUCAUUGAUUGCUUUCAGCAACACAGAAAAGUAUAAAAGAGAAGCAGGUAGAAAAGACAAGAACUCUGAUGUUUGUGUUGUCCUUUUUAUUUAGUCUCGCGUCAGGACCAUGAAUAUCUCACCAUCCAUUAGGUUAGCGACUAAUUCGGUUCGGUUCAUGGUGCAUGGCUGUAGUCCUUUAUUUUCACUUCUAAGUUUUGUAGUGCUGGAAAUCUGAAUGGCUAUUUUGGAUAAUCUAUUUCUGACUGGUUUACGUUUGUGGUAUUCAAUGAGAAUUUGGGAAGCUACAAAUUUCUUUUUCUUAAAA